ACUGAAGAAAUCAUGUUUUUGAUUGAAAUUAUAAGUAUCAAAUCUUAUUGUUUGACAUUUAUCGCUAUUUACAUAGCGAUGUUAUCAGAUCUAUUCACUGAUAUGUUUAGUUCUGUCAUCGACAGAAAGUUGAAUGAUUUUGUUACAAAAUUCAGUAGGCGUUUAUUUCAUAAUUCGCUGUUAAGAAAAGAAAUUGAAGAUGAAAGAACUUUUAAUAGUAUUUCUGUUUUGUAUUGCUCCUUCAACCUUGCUUGCUCUUGAUAAUGGAUUGGCAUUAACACCACCUAUGGGAUGGCUGUCUUGGGAGAGAUUUACUUGCAAUAUUGAUUGUAAAAAUGAUCCUGAGAACUGCAUUAGUGAGAAACUUUAUAUGGAAAUGGCAGAACGUAUGGUUGCUGAUGGAUAUAAAGAUGCUGGAUAUGAAUACAUUAAUGUUGAUGAUUGUUGGAUGGAUAUGAACAGAGAUAGCUCUGAUAGAUUGAAACCUGAUCCUGUAAGGUUUCCUAGUGGAAUCAAAGCUCUUGCUGACUAUGUACAUUCUAAGGGUCUUAAAUUAGGUAUUUAUACUGACUGUGGCAAUAAAACCUGUGCUGGUUAUCCUGGAAGUUUAGGAUAUUUUGAUGUUGAUGCAAAAACUUUUGCUGAUUGGGGUAUUGAUAUGCUUAAAGUAGAUGGUUGCUAUGCAGAACCAACAGUUAUGGAUGAUUUGUACCCACAAAUAACAGUUGCUUUAAACCAAUCUGGGCGUCCAAUUGUAUUUUCAUGUAGCUGGCCUGCAUAUCAAGUUGGUGCUGGAAUCGAUCCUGAUUACGCUGCAAUUGCACAGCAUUGUAAUUUGUGGCGAAAUUUUGAUGAUAUCGAAGAUUCUUGGGAUAGUGUUUUAUCUAUAGUGGAUUUUUAUGCUGCUCAUCAAGAUGAACUAGUUGCAGCAGCUGGUCCUGGUCACUGGAAUGAUCCAGAUAUGAUUCUGGGCGGAAAUUUUGGACUGAGUUAUGAUGAAGCUAGAGCGCAAUUUGCUUUGUGGGCCAUUAUGGCUAGUCCUCUUUUGAUGUCUAAUGAUCUCCGUUCCAUUGAACCUAAGUUCAAAGCAUUACUAUUAAAUAAAGAUGUUAUUGCUGUCAAUCAAGAUCCACUAGGAAUCAUGGGAAAGCGUAUUUAUAAUAACAAUAAAGUUGAAAUUUGGAGCCGACCAAUUAGCCCUGUUAACAAAUCUGGAAAGUAUUCUUUUGCCUUAGUAUUCUUUAAUCGACGAACUUUGGGUGGACCAGUAAGCGUUUCAGCUAAUAUAGAAUCACUUGGACUUGACAAUGUAAAUUGUUACGAUGUGAGAGAUUUAUUUAGUACUGAAGCAAGCAGAAAGUAUUGCCCAUCUGAUAAUAUCACUUUAAGUGUAAAUCCAUCUGGUGUAAGAAUGGUUGUUGCAAAAAUUCUUUAAUCUCACUAAAGCAUACAUUUAAUUUUAUGUAUUUCUAUUAUUUUAUGCAAACAGAAUGAUGAAUUAGGCUAUAAAACAAUGCUUAUGCAACAUGUAUUGUAUGUGUAUGAUGAUAAAAUGUGCACAUUUUUGUUAUUUCACAUUAAAAUAAAUUAUUAGUUUUAAGAUUCUAAAAUAUCUCAGCUUUCAUUUUCAGUAGUAAAUAAAUCUUCAACUUUUUAAAUUAACGAAAUAAUUGUUUUUAUUUCUCUGAUUAAUACUAAUAUAGUUCAAUAUUUUGUUUUGUAAUGAUAUAAGUGUAAAAAUUUCCAUUAAAUCAUUAUUUGUCUUGUA